CAGGAGGAAUGGCACCAGCUGUGACCCGGCUCCUUUUCCUCCAGCUUGUUCUAGGGCCAACUCUGGUCAUGGACAUCAAGAUGCAGAUUGGCAGCAGGAACUUCUAUACCUUAAGCAUUGACUAUCCCAGGGUUAACUACCCAAAGGGUUUCCGGGGCUAUUGUAAUGGUCUGAUGUCCUAUAUGCGGGGCAAGAUGCAAAAUUCAGAUUGCCCAAAGAUCCAUUACGUGAUACAUGCCCCUUGGAAGGCCAUCCAGAAGUUCUGCAAGUAUAGUGACAGCUUCUGUGAGAAUUACAAUGAAUACUGCAUACUCACCCAGGAUUCCUUCCCCAUCACGGUCUGCUCCCUGAGCCACCAACAGCCACCCACUAGCUGCUACUACAAUAGCACCCUAACCAACCAGAAGCUCUACCUACUCUGCUCCCGCAAGUAUGAAGCUGAUCCAAUAGGUAUCGCUGGUCUCUAUUCCGGAAUUUAAUUCCUGAGCCACUCCCCAACCUCUACCACCACAGGCCAGCUGUCUCCAUUUCCAACACUCUGAUCCCUGUAACAAGACUUCCUUCCUGACUUAUGAGGCAGGCAGGGUCCCCUCCCAAGAGACCAGGUGGGUGCGAAAAUGUCCAGGGCUUUGAUCACCAUGCAAAGUGGUGCUAUCUUCUAGGUUCUUUCCAGCUUGUUUACCCACUCUUCACCCCCACCUCCUCCGCAUCCUCCCUCUCCCAGAGACAGUAAAACCCACCCAAGAAGUUGACUGUGUCCAGUUGGCAGUGACUGUCCACCCACUGGGCCAGAUCCUAAGUCCUGGAUGGAGGCCCAGGGCCUCAGCUCACACCAUGGCAACAGGCACCAGCUCCGAGUCUCACCUCCCCAUCCCCACCGCCCUUCUCAUCUCAGCCUCCCCCAGUUCCCUUAUAAUUCCCUCCACUCACCCACCUACUCAGGGGAUAUGGCUAGCUAUAGGAACCUCCCUGAGGCCCUCAGACUCAUGUUAGCCUCACUUCCCCACAACCCCCAGUUUCCAGCCUGCUUCUCUCUGUGAAAUCAUGGUUUCUCCCUUCAUAUAACUGUCCUCUCCUGCUUCCUCUUACCAUGGAGCCUAGGACUGUCUCCCCCACACUCCCAACAACCUUAGUCACCCUGCCUUCCUUUUUCCAACCUCUUUUUCUUCCAGUCUUCUUACCUUGGCUCACUGGCAUUUCAAGGUAUCUUCUCUCACCCAUUCCCCAGAGGUUCCUGCUUCCCUUCUCUUCCAGAAGCUCCUCCCAAAUCCCGCAGACUCCAGAGUCUGCCCCUGAUCAGGCAGGGAACGAGGCAGGCCCGGCUCUAAUCGAACAUAAAUUUCUAAAACCACAUCUGAAUAUGUAAGAUGUAACCAUUGGGGGAAACUGGGUGAAGGGCACAAGAGACCCCUCUGUACUAUUUUUUGUAACUUCCUGUCAAUCCAUAAUCAAUUCAAAAUAAAAAGUUAAUAACACACA